AAAAAGUAGAUUAUAAUGCAAUUCAGCCGUGAUUUACUUGAUUAACCUUUUGUUAAUACUAAUAAAACCAUGCUUAAGAACCUUCUUCAAAUAUAUCAAACUUACUUUCUUUAUUCUUUUUUUUUUUUUUUUUUUUUUUAAUAAUAGUUUGCUAAUCAUACAAGUUCAGCAUCUCAAUCAACCAAGAAAUCAGGAAUGACUUCAGAAGACUCUUGGCAUUCAGAAAAUCUUGACACCUCAUUCUUCACUCAUUAAACCGACUCAGUCACAAAAAAAAAUUCAGUUUUUCCAAAAUCAACAUAUAGACAUAACAUAAGUUACAAAACAUAGCAUUUUCAUAUUUAUCAUCAUCCUCAAAACAUGUUCAAGUCAUGGAGCAAGAAAAACAAGAUCAAAGCUGUAUUCAAAUUGGAUUUUCAAGCAACUCAGGUUCCAAAGAUGAAAAAGUCUGCAUUGAUGGUAUCUUUGGUGCCAGAUGAUGUUGGGAAACCAACUGUGAAACUAGAGAAAACUGCUGUACAAGAUGGAACUUGUUUAUGGGAGAAUCCGAUUUUCGAAUCGGUUAAACUUGUUAGGGAUUCAAAAUCAGGAAUUCUCCAUGAGAAAAUCUACCAUUUCAUUGUUGCAACUGGUUCUUCAAAAUCUGGCUAUUUGGGAGAAGCUUCAAUUGAUUUUGCUGAUUUUUUAGCAGAAACUGAACCGAUUACUGUUUCUCUGCCGUUGAAGUUUGCCAAUUCCGGCGUAGUUUUACAUGUAACUAUUCAGAAUGUGGAAGGAUAUACUGCUGAAAGAAAUGGGGAAGAUAAUGGAGCUGAAGGAAUUUAUGAUGAUGGAAGCUUGAAACACCAACUGAGCUAUGGCAGUACAGAUGGAAGCUUCAAUCUUGAAGAAAACGGGAACUUGGCGAAGAGUAGAUCUGUGUAUUCUGAACAGAAUGCAUCUAACGGCAUCAGUCCUGCAGUAGCUUCAUGGGAUGACCCUUAUAGCUUCAGACAGGACUCAAUGCCUUCAAGAGGAACAGUUGAAGCCAAUGCAACACAAAACCAAGUGCAUAAGAGGUCAAAUACAGGCUGGUCCGUGGGUUCAGCAUCAGAUGGAAGUUUAGGUGACUGGACAAACAGUCCAAGAGAAAGAUUACAAGAGCCUUCAGGCAACGCCACUGAAAAUCUCAAAAGCGAAAUUGUUUCUCUGAAGAGGCAGGCAGAACUAUCUGAACUAGAGUUACAAGCGCUUCGGAAGCAGGUAGAAAAAGAAAGCAUCCGGGGACAGAAUUUAUCGAGACAAAUCAAUGGUCUCAGAGAUGAGAGAGAUUCGUUCAAAACUAAAUAUGAGCAACUCAAAUCCCAACAGAACUUCAAUAAUAACUAUAAUGAGACCAAAACCUCUAAACCCUUGGAGUCUGAUGUUGAAAAUGCUAGGCUUCAGUUAGAGGCAAUAAAGGAAGAGCUUGUUUAUGAAAAAGAAAUGAGUGCCGAUCUUCAAUUGCAACUGCAGAAAACACACAACUCAAACUCUGAACUUCUUUUGGCUGUCACAGACCUUGAAACAAUGUUAGAACAAAAGAAUAAAGAAAUAUGUGAUCUAUCUUCCAAAGAGCAUGAAGAUGACACAGUUUUAGAUCUUUUGCGGCAGAAGAUUGCAGAGCAGAAUAGCGAAAUAGAGAAAUGUAAUAAUCAACGUGAGGAGCUAAGCGAGCUUAUAAAGGAGCUCACUUUGGAGUAUGAUCUUCUUAAGAAUGAAAAUGCGGAUAUCUCUUUGAGAUUAAAGAAAGAUGAAGCACAACACAUCAGGUUGCAGAAUGAACACUCAGCUUCUUUAGUUACAAUACAACAACUUGAAUCCCAGGUAAAGAGACUAGAAGAAAAGAUAGAGAUGCAGGAAGAUGAAUUUUCAUCGUCUUCGGUCUCCAUCAAGGAACUUGAAAAUCAAGUUAAGGCUUUGGAGAAAGAACUGAAAUUACAGGCAGAUAAAUUCGAAGAUGAUCUCCAUGCAAUGCAAAGUGCAAAAUCUGAGCAGGAAGAACGGGCCAUUCAAGCAGAAGAGUCAUUGAGAAAGACGAGGCACAAUAAUGCUAUGGCAUCUGAGCGUCUUCAGGAGGAAUAUAAAUUACUUUCUGUUGAAAUGUCACGCAAAGUUGAAGAGAAUGAAAAGAUGAUCACAAAAGCAGCUGCAGAAGCUGAUGAGUUGCGGGACCACAACAGGCUUAUGGAAGAAAUGCUCCAGAAAUGCAAUCAAGAGCUCAGGCUUAUAUCAGAUCAACAUGAAUCGAAAGCGGAAGAGCUCUUGAAACAAAUAAGUACAAAAGAAAAAACAAUUGAACAGAUGUCGCAAGAACUAGAAGCGAAGUCUAAAGAACUUGAGGAUGCACUGAGGCACAGGGAUGAAAAGGAUGCUACAUUUUCAAAGCAAAUUCAAAUGCUUGAGAUCCAACACAAUGAAAUUAAACAAAGUUUGAAGAAAGAACAAGAGGACAAAGAAAAUAUGAAGAAACAUAUAUCUCAAUUAGAAGGAGAGCUUAAGAAAAAAGAAGCAGAAUUAAGUGCUAUGGAAAAGAAGCUCAAGAUUAACAAAGGACGAGGUGCAGCUAUGCAUAUGAAUUUGACCUCAAGAGACAGUGAGGCUUCUAAGGCAAAUGUUAAGAAGUCAAAAUCAGAAAUGCAUAAGGGAAUGGAUGCUGCAAGCACUGCUAUUAGCAAGUCUGGAGGAAGUGAUGGUGAACGCCUUACAAAGGAAUUAUUGAAUGAAGUUGCAGUCCUAAAGGAAAGGAACACCAAUAUGGAAACUGAACUGAAAGAAAUGGAAGAAAGAUAUUCUGAGAUAAGUCUGAAAUUUGCAGAGGUAGAGGGAGAAAGACAACAACUUGUUAUGACUGUCCGGAAUCUCAAGAAUGGUAAGAAGAACUAGAAUUCUUUGCAGGUGUUGUGUUUCAUACCAAACAUAUACAGGGGUUACAAAGGAAGUAAUAUAUCAUGAUUACCAGGAUGUUGGAACCAAAUUUAACCUGUACUUUUUGCACUUUUGUUGUGACCUAUUUAUUAUGUACAUCAACUAACAGUUUUUCUUAAACAUCAUCCGAAAUUUGCUGCGCUGCCUGCACGGUCCAAUUUUUCGGUUUGUGCAAUACAUUGGCAAGGUAACCAGGCAUGAUGUUGGAGCCUCAUGUGGGCCACAUGUAGCCAAUGGUUUAGCAUUAGUUUUACAUUUUUGGUAUGAAAUGUAACAUAUGAUGCUUAAAAAAAUGUAUUGAAUUAGAAUGUGGACAGAAUAAAGAGAAAGAAAACAGACUAUGUAGUCUGAAAAUAAAAUAUACAGGAAACUCUGAAGUUACCUUGGUAUA